AUGGUCACUUUAAAGGAAGUCUUCACACCCCAAAAAUUGCAAAGCGAGGGCCAUAAGGGAUUACGAAUGGUUUUGGUCGUGUUUGUGGUUUCGUCGAUUUGCGGCAAUAUAACAUUAGCCCAACAAUGUGGAAUCAAAAGUGACUCUUAUUCUAUCUACCAGAAGAUGUUGAAGGGUCACACCUAUAAGACAUUCAAAACGUGGACCAGGUCAUUCGAUUGUAGAGACGCAUGCUCAUCUGACGUUAGAUGCCAGAGCUAUAAUUUCGUUUUCCUGAGAGACACAUGUGAGCUCAACAACAGAACCAAGCAGGCAAGACCGAACGACUUUGUAAUAGAUGUUGAAAGAUAUUACAUGGAGAGGAUAUCCAGAGUUUCCCUCGGCUCUAUUCCCGAGUUGCCCGCUGAUUCGUGCGCAGCGAUCAAGGCGAGCGAAGGAGGACAAGCGGUUAGUGGUAUUUAUUGGUUGGACGCAACCAGAACUGGGAAUUCAAUUCUUGCUCGCUGUGACAUGAAAACAGAGGUUGCUGACUACUGUAUCAAGCAUCUGUGUUUCAACAAUGCGAGCUGUGUAAAUCAGCAUGUGAACUACACGUGCUGGUGCAAAAUUGGAUGGACUGGAAACUAUUGUGGAAAAGAUACGAAUGAAUGUACAGAGAAAGCUAAUACUUGCCCAGCUCAGCCAUCAUGUGUCAAUUCUAUUGGUUCAUACCGCUGUAAUUGUCGGUCUGAUUGGAGAGAUCGAGGUGCACACACCUGCAUCGAUGUUGACGAGUGCUUGGUGGGAUCUCACAGUUGUCCAUCAAAUUCACGGUGUUCUAAUACUCCAGGUUCCUACCGCUGCAUCUGUUUGGCAGGUUGGAGAAACCAAGGACCCAGCACUUGUGUUGAUAUUGACGAGUGUUCUGUUGGAUCACACAACUGUCCAUCAAACUCAAGAUGUUCCAACACAAUAGGCUCCUACCUUUGCCGUUGCAAAUCUGGUUUCACUCAACCCUACUCGAGAUCACGUUGUCAAGAUAUCAACGAAUGUACAACAGGAAGCCAUUCGUGUUCCUCCUACGGCAACGCCUAUUGUGUGAAUACCAUUGGCUCCUACUAUUGUCGCUGUAACCGCUGUUACUACAUGUCUGGACGCAGCUGUAAUCGUAAGUAG